GCUGAUCGUGAAUUUAAAAAAAAUCAACUCAAAACAAUAACUAAUCAUCUCCAUAAGUUUAUUUUUAAAUGUAACAAUGUAUGUUUUAAUCCGUGUAAAUAAACCAAAAACGUCUUCCCCGACGUAAAUGCAAAUUAAAGUUAUUGUAACUAUGAGUUAUAAACUGCAAUGUGUGUAAUUAUGGGUUAAAAAUACUAGUGUAUAGACAAUUUUGGUAAUCGUUAUGGCUGAAGAGAUAGAGAUAGAGACGACUACGUCUGAUCCUGGACCCCAUAGGACCCCGACAACGGAACUUCACGCGACCUAUACAACUCUUGAAAUUUUAGUGGCACUUGUGGCUGUCGUGGGCAACGCUAUGGUUAUUUAUGUGUUCCGUCGCGACAGGCGCUUGCGACGGCGUACUAACUAUUACAUUGUAUCUCUGGCAACAGCUGAUUUCCUAGUAGGGUUAUUUGGGAUUCCGUUCGCGAUUCUGGCGUCCGUAGGUCUCCCCAGGAACCUUCACGCUUGUCUCUUUACUGUGUCGUUAUUGGUGAUGUUAUGUACAAUCAGCAUUUUCUGCUUGGUGGCCGUGUCAGUAGACCGUUACUGGGCUAUCCUGUAUCCGAUGUGCUACUCUAGAAAUGUUCGAACCAAAACUGCCAUAUUUAUAAUAUCGGUGUGUUGGAUUGCUGGUGUCUGCGUUGGCCUGCUGCCGCUGUUCGGCUGGCAUGCAGAUGUGGGAUCGGCCCCAGGAUGUUACUUCGUCGAAGUCAUGGACUAUAACUAUCUUCUGUUCCUGUAUUUCGCAACCAUAGUCACACCCAGCGUGCUCCUAGCAGCAUUUUAUGCUCAUAUUUAUCGUGUGGUUGUAAAACAGUUAAGCGAGGUUGUAACUGUCAAUGGCAGUCACGGUAGAGGUACAAUGCUUCGAGUGUUGGGACCAACGCAAAAACGAGAAGUGAAAGCCACUCAAAAUUUGGCCAUCAUUGUUUUCUUCUUCAUAUUAUGUUGGAUUCCUCUUUACACAGUCAAUGCUAUUAAAGCCUUUGUACCAGAUCUAAAUAUUCCAAAUCCAGUCACAUAUUUUUGUAUUAUAUUUUCACAUUUAAAUUCCGCGAUUAAUCCAUUGUUAUAUGCCUACCAUUUGAAAGACUUUCGUGCUGCUUUAAAAGGUCUCAUAUAUACUAUUGUCGGCAAAGGUGGUGUACCUAUUCCAGCUGCUUAUAGGCCACCAGCACCAAUGAGAAGACCAGCUUUAGAAAGAUGCAAUGCUUUGAGAGAACGUCCAAAAAUAUAUGUCGAUUCUCCGAUUUGGUUGAGACAAAGAGAAGCAGAAAUCAUAGCUGAAGAUAGGAAUAAGAUAGCAGCUAUGUCUGGAAAUGUAACGCCAGAUGUAGAACCGUUUAUUAAUACGAUCGGUGCAGAUCAUUCGAGUGGUCAGCACACUUCUGAAGAAAGAGAGUCAGAUGGUCCGUAUCUCAUCGACGCUAAUCAAGAGUUAAGUCAAAGUCCUUAUAAGAGAGUUGAAAAGUUAAUUCGUAGAGUACGUAGUGUCAGCGCCGAUAGCUGACACGAGCCUGGCCGGUAUGAACCGGCAUAUAAUGUAACGUGACCUUGAAGCUUUAAUAUGUUGCAUCUAAUAAGACUUCUUAAAGUUUAACCAAUGAAUGCUAGUCUAUGACAGUUGCUAGAAAUAUUGAAGUUAAUUUAUAUUUUAAAUAAGAUUCUUUUUUAUCCAAUUUACGCAUACUUAUAAGGUGUGACUGUUAAUAGGUAUAUGUACAAUAUGUUCUGUGGCUGUAUGUUAAUAGUGGUUGAUCUAAGUAAAACCGGUAUA